AUGCCUCUCAGCAAGGCAUGGACACUGGCUGUCGUCGCCAUCGUCGCAGCCAUCUUAUCGACGCUGCCCUCACCAUCACUGGCCGUCCGCCCACACGACUUUAAGAAAUGCCAUGACUCGUCCUUCUGUCGUCGUCUUCGCCGCCUCUCCACCUAUGCAGCCAACACGACCUCCUUCGUCUCGCCCUACUCUCUGCCCGCUUCAGGUCUCUCCUUCGACGAGAAGACGGCGACUCUUACCGCACCCAUCACCUCAGCCCUGUACCCCGAGGUCGACUUUGAGGCACGCUUCAUCUUCCAUGCAGACGGGACCGCCCGCGUUCAGAUGGAUGAGGUGGGACCAAGGUACAAUGGAUGGAAGCGCUAUGAUGAGGCAGCCAAGUGGGCUUACGACCGACCCUUCGCGCCUGCUGAGCCUGGGAGCUUGAAGUUGGAAAUGGCAAAGAAUGAUGAUGGCAAGACUGUGGUGCAUUUUGGCAACGAGGGAGCGAGCCUCGAGAUUGUCCAUCGCCCCUUCAAGGCGACCUUCCUGCGCGAGGGGAGGGAGCAGAUUGUGCUCAAUGACCGCGGUUUGCUGCAUAUGGAGCAUUUCAGGGCAAAGAAGGCCAAGCAAGAGGACAAGAACGACGAAGCCUCAGAGGACGACGCUGCGGCCGCCAUCGACGCCCCUUCACAGCUAGUCCUCUCGCGCCGCUCCAAUCUCACCUCCGCCGGUCACCCACCCCACCUCGCCACAGCCUGGGCAGACUUCGAGCAGACUGACCCAGGCGAGUGGGAAGAAAGCUGGGCAGGGCGCCAAGAUACCAAGCCCAAAGGUCCCGAGGCCCUCUCCCUCGACUUCACCUUCCCUGCGAAAGCUCACCUCUUUGGCUUGCCAGAACAUGCUUCUCCUCUCAACUUGCGCGACACGCGUGGUGCAAAGGAGGGAGACUUCACAGACCCGUACAGACUGAUGAACACCGACGUCUUCGAGUACGACUACGAUUCGCCCAUGAGUCUUUACGGCUCAGUGCCAGUGGUCCACGCCCAGAACAAGGACGAGGCCGUUAGUGCUUUCUUCCUCUCCGGCGCCGAAACGUGGAUCGAUGUAGAUCGUCAUGCGCAGAGUGCCCGCACGCACUGGAUGGCAGAAUCUGGAAUCCUGGACCUUCUCGUCAUGCUCUCUCCCACUCCUGCAGGAAACAUCCAGAAGUUCACCGAGCUAGUCGGCCGAUCAACCGCUCCGCCCACCUUCGCCCUUGGGUAUCAUCAAUGUCGCUGGAACUACAAUAGCGACAGCGACGUGCUCAAUGUGCAGGCGCGCUUUGACGAGGCGGACAUCCCGAUGGACGUCAUGUGGCUGGACAUUGAGUACAGCAAGGAGCAUAUGUACGGCAUUUGGGACGAGCUGAACUUCCCCAAUCCAGAGAAGAUGGUUGGCGACCUCAAUGAGAGAGGCAGGAAAUUGGUCAUCAUCCUCGACCCGCACUUCAAGCGCUCAAAGGAGUACUGGCUAUACAGCGAGGCUCAGGAUCAGAAGGUACUCGUGAAGCUGCCUGGUGGUGAGGAUAGGCAGGGCGACGGAGAGUAUGAGGGAUGGUGCUGGUCCGGCUCGGCGAGCUGGGUUGAUAUGUUCAAUCCGAAGGCCACGACCUGGUGGGCGAGCCAAUUCAGGCUGGGUGGAUCCCUCUCCUCGACCCCGAUCAAGGCCAACGCUCGUAAUGUCCACGUUUGGAACGAUAUGAAUGAGCCUGCCAUUUUCAACGGGCCGGAGAUCACUUCGCCAAAGGAUGUCAUUCACCAUGGUGGGUGGGAGCAUCGUGAUAUCCACAACAUCAACGGCGUGCUGUUCCAGGCUGGGACAUUCAAGGGGCUGCAGGAGAGGGAGGGCAAGAAGGAGCAUGAGAAGCGCAGACCCUUUGUCUUGAGUCGCUCUUGGUGGGUGGGGACUCAGAAAUACGGCGCCAUCUGGACAGGCGACAAUCUCGGCACAUGGGAGCAUCUGGCCGUCUCAGUUCCCAUGAUCCUCUCCAACAAUGUAGCAGGCAUGUCCUUCUGCGGCGCGGACAUUGGCGGUUUCUUCGGCAAUCCCUCCCCAGAGAUGUUGGUCCGCUGGUACCAAGCAGGCAUCUUCGAGCCAUUCUUCCGCGCUCAUGCUCAUAUUGACACGAAGCGCCGCGAGCCUUACUUGCUCGACGAGCCGUACAGGGGGCAUGUGCGCGGGUUGAUUAGGACGCGAUAUAGUAUGUUGCCUGUGUGGACUACGGCUUUUAGGGAAGCGGCGGAUGAGGGGAGUGGACUACCCGUGCUCAGGCCGCAGUUCCUCGCUUUUCCGCAUGAUGAGGAAGGGCUGGAUAUCGAUGAUCAAUACUACCUCGGCGACUCGGGGCUACUCGUCAAGCCCGCCGUAAAGGAGGGAGCGACGAGCGUGGACGUCUACCUGGCGGACGAGGAGCCUUACUACCACUACUGGACCCAACAAGUCUACCGACGCGGCGCUGGCGCAAAGGCCUCGCGACGUGUAGAUGUGCCUGCCCCGCUGGACGAGACGGCCCCUCUCUUGCAGCGUGGUGGGUCCAUCCUUCCCAUUAGGGAGAGGGUAAGAAGGGCAGCCGAACUGGGAUGGAAGGAUCCAGUCACGCUCGUCGUGGCGCUGGAUGGUGAGGGCAAGAGCGCAACUGGCGUGCUCUACCUCGACGAUGGGCAGACCUACCACUACAAGACUGGAGCAUAUGUCUGGAGGCGAUUCGAUCUGGAGCGAACCAAGGAGGGAGAGUACGAGCUGCGCUCCCGUGACGAGGCAGCUUUGCGACAAGAGGCUGCAGGAUCAAGCUCGGCAGUCUCAACGACCAAGGGCAACACCGACGCGAGCCACGUCCCGCCCUACGACGCCUCCAACGAGUUCGCCACAGCAAUCAAGGACGUGCGCGUUGAGAAGGUGGUCAUCCUCGGUCUACCCGGGGAUGAGCAGGUCAGCUUCAGCAUUGAAGCCAGCGGAGACAUUUCGGGUGGCAGCAAGAGCGCAGGCGCUAUCUCGUCGACAUUUACGCCUGGUGUGGCGGCGCAGCCGGCCAAGAAGAAGACCAAGGGAGGAGCAGAGGGGACUGCAUCGAGGUUGGUUAUCAAGGACCCGAAGGUACUUGUGAGGGGAGACUGGACGAUCAAGAUCGCGAGGAAGUGA